GGUGGUAGCACUUGCCUGGCAAACACAAGCAGAGUUAGUCCACUUCUGCUUUAUUUAAACCUUAUCUAAAUAGGAAAGACUUGUGGGGAUUAGACAUGUCUUUUAAGAGGGUGCCAGCAAAAUAUGCUGGAAUGACAUUAAAUUAAAGACGGGCAACUGAGAUAGAUGGAUGACUAAAAUAUCCCACAAAAUCAUUAACUGAAUUUCUAAUAUAAAUAACCUAAAAGAUCUUAUCAACCACAGUAACACUUUAAACCCUCUGAAGAGCUGUCAAAAUUGUGGUGUGAUCAUGUGACACUGUAAAAAACGCCUUCACGCUCAUGUUUUCAACACACUGUUGAGACUUAUUGAUUCCUAUUUUCUGCACAGGGUAUUGGUUAUUAGUUUGUGGUAAUUUUAGGCUAAUUCAGCACAUUUGUUUUGGUAAAAUAUACGUGUUGUAUACAAUAGUACCAAACAAGUGAACAGUUAAUGAAAUUACCAGAGACACAUUUUUGACCCUGGAGGUUAAAAGGAAGGAAGGGGAAAAAAGGCGUAUUAUUACAUUUCUGUUUUAUAAUUUGUGUUUUUGUAUAUAUAUGUAUAUAUAGACAUUUGUUGUUACCAGACUAAACAGUUUUUGCUGAUGUUAAUGACACCAAUAAAUUUUGUUUAAGAUAGACGUCACACUUCAUUUCAGAUUGCGUUUUAACUGCUGCUUGCGUGGCCCGUUCCACUGAAGGAAGGAAGGACUGUAUUAUGUGACACCUCAGUCUUGUAGUGCAACAGGGCCUUGUUUGUUGUCUAUUAAAAGGUUGUGGGAAACAUGAGACUAAUGUUAUUUCUUUCAAAACCAAAUUAGUUUAACUUGCACAGUUUCUAAGGCAUAAAGGUAUUCAAAGAAAGUUGAUAUAUUUGGGAGACCACUCAACCCUGGACAGUGAUUCACAGUGAAGUCUCAAAAGGAUGUCUUCUUGCCAACUUUUAAUGCUAUCUUAGUGCCAGCUCUUUUCCACCUCCUUUAAUGUGAAACCAGCAUCAUUAUGUUUCAUUUGGAGAGCUCUACAUCCAGUACAGGAGGCCAGGGGGAGAGUUUGUUGAUUCAGACAGGUUGAUUUAAGGCAGUCUUACGGUUAAGGCGUGUUAUUUAUUCUUUUAUUUACCUCACUCUGUGUUUUUAUAUCUAACACAGCAGAAGAGCAUACCCUGCCACCAGAGCUCACUUCCUUUUUACAGCCUAGAUAUGUUUGAGAAAUGUGACCUGGCAAUCGCCUAGAAAUUUUAUAUAAUUUGCAAAUAUAUCAUGCAUGAAUGCUUGCUAUUAAGUGUGUUAUGUUUUGGAUUAUGCUAUUUCAGUUGGGGCUCAAUAAGAAGCUGUCUGAAUAGAUUAGCCUGAUAAUAGUCUGCAGAAAUUUGCUGACACAAUCUUUGUCUCCAGCAGUGUGGUUUUGUUCUACUGUGUCACUUCUGUGACCUGUUUUUGGUCAAAACCUGUGGCAUAAAAUGACUCAAGAUUUGCUGCCAGAGUGUUCAAUGAUAAUGUUGGUAACUCUGGUAGAAAAGUGUUUAAUCUAUUGAGACAAAGUUAGAGGACGGCUGCCAUCGCGGGCAAAAUACCAUGGCAGUCUUCACUUCCAGUGAUUUCUACAGCUCUAAUUUUUUCUAUGAUGGAUUGAGUGGAACCCAUACUACUUUGAAAACAUUCAUGAAGUUGGCUUCAAAUCUGAAUUUAUAAUGUUUCUUCUUUUCAUAUCGAAAGUGGCGAAGCUAUGGCUAAAUCAGGCUAGAAUUAAUGUUUUGGAAUGUUCCUCAUAAGUCCUGAUUUGAACCCCAUCAGGAACAUGGGGACUGAGCUGUAGAAACAAGUUUGUGCCAGGAAGCCAACAAAUAUAGUUGAACUUCACCAAUUCUGUCAAGAGGGGUGGUUAAAAAUUGAUGUAGAUGUUAAAAUUACUGUAUGUGUUUUUUUGAACCAGCAGAUUUGGUCACAUUUUUAGAAGGCCCAUAAUAAAUUCUGAUUUGAAGUACACUUCAUGAAUUUUUGUGACAAAGAAAUAUGUAUUCCAAUCAUUCCAUCACAGAAUAAUGAGAGCUAUAAAAAAAUCCUUGGAAGUGAAGACUGCCGUGGUAUACAUUUUCUUUCCAAGUGUGUGCAAACUUUUGACUGCAACUGUAUAUCACUGCUUUAUUGUACCUUGUCACAGGAAAAGUUUACUUAUAGCUAUAACAUUAACAGUGUCUCAGUUCAGUUCCAGUAGUCAUCCUAGUUACCAUUAAUGUGAGCCAACAUGCACAAUAACAGGACCGUCAUCUAAAUGUGCUGCAAUUAAUCUUAUUAAUUUCGUCUGAGCUUUUCCUGCUAUGACAUGUCAAAGUGCCUGCUGUGCGUAAGGUCGACCAGGCACAUGCAGUUGCCACAUUCUCUGGUACACCUUACCAAAACUAAUGCAAUCUACAAAACAGGAGGUGUUGAUUCUUGUUUAUAGGCAUUUCUGAGGUCUGAAUGUGGUGGACAAAAGCUUAGAAAUGUGGCUCAGAAUAAUGCAAGACAAGUAAGCUGGACCACAUACUACAUCCUCCAAAAUGAAAAGAAAGUUGACACAACAGCUCUUUCAGCAACAGUUUCAACAACUGAACUUUAGCUGCUGGAAUGUUGUAAUAGACUACAUAUGUUUUGGCUAGAUUUGAGAUCAAUAGAGGUCUAUAUCAUGUGUUCUAGAACCAGUAGUAAAGAGUAAUAUAACUGAAGGAACUGGAAAACAUAAUCAUUUCCCUGAUGGAAAGGCCUAUGGCUUUUGAAACUUCUAAAUAAGACCAUAUUUACAACUUCCAACCCACCUGCGUAAAAACAGGCCCCUGAGCAAGAAUGUGGACAUCAUAGUUCGAGCGCUUGGAUGUCUUUGCUCACCGUUUAUGGCCACAUCGGUGCCUGAAACAGACCAUUUCCAUCACUGUGCAUUUAUCAUGGAUCCUGAUUUUGCACAAGAGCUUAAGCUGCUUAUGGCUGCAGAUGAAAGGCUCACUGGGGGUUACAGAAGAGGAAUAACUUAAGCACUAACCAUGUCUGAUGGGGAAUAUGAUUACCUCAUCAAAUUCCUAGCCCUUGGUGAUUCUGGUGUGGGAAAAACCAGCUUCCUCUACCAAUACACAGAUGGCAAGUUCAAUUCCAAGUUCAUCACUACAGUUGGAAUAGACUUCAGAGAAAAAAGAGUGAUGUACAAAUCAUCAGGUCCGGAUGGAACUUCAGGUCGAACCCAGACGAUCCACAUGCAGCUGUGGGACACUGCAGGACAGGAGAGGUUUCGGAGUUUAACGACUGCAUUCUUCAGAGACGCCAUGGGUUUCCUCCUCCUGUUUGACCUUACAAAUGAACAAAGCUUCCUCAACGUCAGAAACUGGAUGAGUCAGUUACAGGUUCAUGCAUACUGUGAAAGUCCAGAUGUCAUCUUGUGUGGCAACAAAUGUGACCUGACAGAUCAGAGAGCAGUGUCUGAAGAUGAGGCCCGUGAGCUGGCAGAGAAGUAUGGAAUCCCAUACUUUGAGACAAGUGCUGCAAACGGACAGAACGUCAGCCAGGCAGUUGACAUCCUGCUGGAUCUCAUCAUGAAGAGGAUGGAACGAUGUGUUGACAAGUCCUGGAUCCCUGACGGGACUGUCCGAGUUAAUGGAGCCGCCAACCCAGACCUCUCAGAGAGUUCUGACAAGAGCAAAUGUGCAUGUUAGAAUGACGAGGAGCCACUGUGGUCAAACAUCUGAGUCCAUCAUAGUGUUGAAAAAAUAGGAAGACAUCCAAGUUGGGAGUACAUAUAUAAAUAUUUACACAUAUAUUGUGUUCUAUGUCGGGUAAACCUUGACAUUAUUUGUAUAUUACCCCACAAACCAGUGCAUUACUGAUACUUUCAUUGAGAUGCUAUAUUAAUUGUCAGAGUUAAGUGCCUCUCAAAUAUGGGCAUUUCAUUUCAAUUAAUAUGAUUUGUUUUUUGAACAAUUAAUUCAUAUUGGAGUGUGGGAUGUUUAUUUGUUAUAACAUAUGGCUGAAAUAUUCAACUUCAGUCAUCAACUAGAUAUGAUGAUCAUGUUAUCAGGUAUGAACUUUGUGCACCAAGUCGAAGCAGUCUGAGCUGCUCUGUCUAUUACACUGUUAAUACUCUUUACUUGCUGUAAGGUUAGCGUAGAUUCACACUGCAAUUAACUCAAAAAUGCCACUUUUAUUUUUCUUCCUGCUGUCAGAUAAAUAUUGACUGCAGUCAAGGUUUGUUGAUAGAGAGAAGUUUGCGGAUGGAUGUAUUUAUAGAGAACUUUAGGUAACCAGUGAUAUACUACCGAUGCUCUACCGUCAGGCUGCAAUCUCACCAGAGCCACAGCCUUGAAAAAUGUUGCCAAUCUGACGUUAGAUGGACGAUUAACACUCAUUUAUUUUAUUGUCGAGAUCAGUAGUUGUUCUUGUGCCUCCAAGCGAGAAUUAUGGACUGCAGUUUGACUGAGUCACCUAUACUUUCGAAUGUACUGUACACGUUCUGCAGAUAGUUAGAAUCUUUAAUGCUCAGUUGUUUUUAAUAAGAAGAAAAAAUGCGUUUUUGAAAAAAGCGUAAUUGAAGACUGAGCAAUAACUCCAGGAACCCAGGUAGAGUAUCCUGCUGUACAGAAACCCACACAAUAAAUAAAGAAAUAAAAAUAUUGUAUUUUGACUGUUUGGACAAAAUGUGUCGCUACAUUUAGAUUUACCUUUUAAACUAAAAACUUUGUUUGGGGACAUUUAGUAAUGUUUAAUUCAGUGCUUCGGUUUAAAAGGACUCCUAGCAACUACUUAUAGAUGUUUAAAACAACUAGGCAAAUCUUUCCUGCCUCCACCAUGAAGAUGAAGUUUCAUGACUGUCCUCUGCUGCCCCAAGAGUCAGAGCUUAUGAAUAUUAAAUAACUCCACCCAUAGUAUCAUUAUUAUUAUUUCUAAUAUUAUUAUCAUCAUCAUUGACUUGUAAUGUAUUGUAUGGAAUUAUAUUUCAUUAGGUCAGAGCCUAAAUACUUGCACCUUGUGCUGUGGCCCCAAGAUUAUUAUGAAUAAAAAUAAGUUCCCACAGUAUUUUAUUGUUAUGGUGGUGGGCCGACAAUCUCCAUGACAAUUAUCAAAAAUUAAUUUCCCCUAAUAAAACAUUGGACUUCAGGGAAAAAGAGCAACGGUGCUAUUUCACACAGCAAUAUGUUAUAAUUUUACUGGAUGUGGUUACUGUUUCGGGUGUGAUCUUCUAUAUAUAUAUAUAUAUCUUACAAAAAUAGUAUGUGCACCCUGUAAAACGCUGUAAUGGUUUGUCCCAACUGUUAAGUAUUACACGCAAAUCCACAUUAUUUGUAUCACACUGUUUUUCUAUUAAGGAGUGAAUGUGUUUUUAGUUAAGACACCGAAUAUAUUUUUUCACUCACAGUUUCAAUCCACAGUUAUGAAAAUCUAUUACUGAAAUUGAAUCUGAUUUUAUUAAUAAGACUAAUUUGAAAUAUGUUAUGUUUUAUAAUUGUGCCAUACAGUUUCAUAUGCAAAAUGUGUAAAUUAUGUCCAAAAAUAAAUUUUUUUAUUUAUGUA